AUGCAAGGGAUUCAGCUCUUCUCCAAAAGAAUAACAAAACUGACAUUAUUAUUAACCAGAAAAUGUGAGGCCCGUUCCGUCAUUGACUAUCUACUUGCACUCGGGAAAACAACACGUACUUUUCACAGAGCUCGCGUAUUAAGGCAAGUAUCAAGUGUCAAAGGUCAGGCAUUGUUUGAGAACCAGCCACCUUCCUGGUUGUUUGUCAACCGUUCUGUUGCAGGGGCUUAUGGAGCACAAGUGAAUCUGGAACUGGAUCUUGACCGCCGUUUAUCUGGAGAACCACUGGAGAAACUGAAGGCAGAACUAAAGCUGAGAGGAAUACAACUAGAUCUUGAUGAACUGGUAAAGGGUUACAGAGAAAUGUGUGUUUAUCUGAAAAAGAAGCAUGAAUUUAAUGCCAAGAGAGAGAGCUUGCAGGAAGAAUUAAAACUCGUACAAGAGGAGGUAAAUCAUGUCAAUGACUUGGAACAUCAGGUAAUGCUGACGGCCCUCAAGCUACCAAAUGACCUCCACAGUUCAACACCAGUUGAUGAUGACCUAAUUAUUCGGGAAGUCAAAGGAAAACUAGAACCUCUCGGGACCCAAAGUCAUGUGGCUAUCGCCAAGAAAUUUGAUUUGAUUAAAUUUAGUAACGUCGGCCCUAAAGCUUACUAUUUGAAGACAGAGCUGGCACUAGCUGAGAUGGCACUAGCAAAAGCAGCCUGUGGCUACAUGGAGUCUAAUAACUACCGACACAUGGCUGGGCCAGAGUUCUUCAAAACACCCAUCAUGGAAGGAUGUGGGUAUGACAUUCACAACACAGAUGAGGUUUUGACAAUGUUAAGUGCAACCAAAGAUGUGAUAGAGCCGAUGAACCAUUUAGCUGGUGUUACAUUGCCAACAUUCGCAGCCUACGUAGCAAAGACGUGUCUUGGGAACAGUAUUAUUCCCCUCAACAUGUUCUCCUGUGGUAGGUGCUAUCAGAAUGGUAAUCUACCAGGUUUGUUUGGAGCUGUACAAUCUACACAGGCAACAUUGUUUUCAUGUGUGCAGAAAGAAAAUCUGGACAAGCACUUUCAUCAGAUUGCUGACAUCAUUUGGAAUUUUCUAGAACCUCUUGGUUUUCCAUUGAGGAUGGUUCAGAUUGUGCCAGAGAUCUCAGACAAGCGGAGGCAAGGAGGCUGGAGGUUCACAUGUAUGCCCCGAGUCUGCAGCAGUUUGUUCCUGUUGCCCAUGUGUCAGACUUGA